UAAAAUUAGCCAUCUUCUUCUUGUGUCGUCUAUAAGAAAAAUUGCACGGUUGACUUAAUAUAUCCUUGUUAUGGUUUUAUGGACAAUCUUUCUCGAUUAUUAUUAUUUGAUUGUGCAAUUGUGAAGUUGUUAUGAUCUGCUUGUGAUUAGUAUGUUCUUUUAUUUACCAAAAUUAUUUGAAUUCAUAACUAACUUGAUCGUCGGAGUUUUUGCAGGUACCACACCUUUGGUGUGUCAUGCUAUGCUCAUGAGUAUGAUGAAACAGAAAGGAAAUGCAACAUCUUAAAAACAUGGUAGGAAGUUUACCUUUGAUUUGAGCUGCUGGCCAUGCUUAACAGUCCGGUCUUCAACCGAGCUGAGUGAAUGAGAUUCAUUGACAUGGGGGGCCUUCUGAAACUUGAUUUUACUUAUAAAUGUCAUGUUUUUAUUGAUGUAAUUUUCAACAAGGAAGAAGAUGUCAUUUCUCCGGAAAAUGAUGUCAUUGAUGGUCCGCUGUGUUUCUAUGAUGUGCUUGCUGAUUACUUUGUACAUGUGCCUGAAAGUGGGAAGCCCGUCCUUGACUUGAUUGUCCAACUUUGGAGCCAGUCAUUUGCUUCACAUAUUUUUAGCCUCUUGUUUCACAAAUGGAUGUUUGAAGUUCAUCUUGAUAAUCCAGAAGUGCUCCUACGGUAUUCAUCUGCCCUGGUUCAAGGUGCCACAAAUGUUUUCUGGAUUGACAUUCAGACAAAUACAAAGCGUUUCCGGUCUAUAUUCCGUUACCUCUUGGAUGAUGUUGCAUUACACCACAGUAGAUUGAAUAAAAUUCCUCUCCAGGCUCAGCGAGAUAUGUAUCUUUUGCUCUCAAGGUUCAUUCUAUUUUACAAUUCAGCUGGCAAAAUCGAUAGCUUCUUGAAACAAUGUCCUGUUUUUCAAACUGCCUUCUUAGUUGGCAGUCCGGCAGAUAUAUUUGUGAAUGAACUCACGGAUCAGCUUCAAAAGCUUAAGGUGGAACCUGUACUGCUGCAUUAUCUUUCAGAAGUCAAGGUCCUUCAGGGUAUCGAAUUGAGAAUGACGACAAGUACGAGAUUGAAAACAUGUUUGUAUGGUUUUACUUCUCCUGGUGGUCCAAUGUACCCGACCAGAGCUGUUCGUCAUGCUGCAUGGGAAGCACUAGAUUUUCUUUUUCCGAUAAGUUGGGCAAUACCCUCGGCAUCUCAUAAGUCUGUUCUUCAGGUUGCUCUAUCCAUGGUAUUGGCCAUCCUCUUGUUGGAACUUUGUGGUUUCGUGCAUUCAUGCUAUCUUUUACUCCUUACUGAGGUUGAUAUUUUCUACGUGGGAAAAAAUUGCCAAACCAAAAACACAGUAGAUGUCCAUAUGUCCUGAAGAUAUUGGAGUUCAUGCAUUGAACCCGGGUCAUCUCUUGCCAACCAGCACGAAUGCCUUCUCUGAUAUUUCUUUUUUCCACUCAAUGUGAUGUACAUAUCAUUUUUUGAAUUAAUAUGUACAAUUUUUAUCAGAGAAGGCAUAUUAUUCAGGUGGAAAACUUGGAAGAGGCCCCGCCCAGGGAGCAAGCGUAUGUGACAUUUUCAUUGUAUUAGAUUGUGUUGAUCCUACUAUUGCUAGCACAUGUGUCUUUAUGGUGUUAAGCAAUCUCCAAGAGUUUGGUUUGAUAGAUUCAGUACUGUAAUAUAACAGUUUGGUAUAGUCCGUAGUGAAGCCGACCAUUCUGGUUUUUUUUAUCAUCACUCAUCCCAAUAGUGAAUUACUCUUGCUGUGUAUGUAGAUGACAUUUUCAUAAUUUUUAGUCAUCAAUAAGGAAUAUUCCAACUCAUGACAAGUGUAUCUCUUCACCCAAAAGUAAAUGGUGGACUUCUAAGUCCAGGGUUGAUGGGACUGUACGUUGUCUUCCUUUGUUGGUGUGCAAUUAGAAGUGAACCCGAAGGAGAUCAAUGCAUCCGGAAGGAAGGCACUGUACCCGAAACCGACUGGCUAAACAUCAUUAGUUUUGUUAUUGGAAUACUAGCAAUAGUUUUUGCAACAUUUUCAACAGGCAUAGAUUCUAAAUCCUUUCAUUU